GGCGGAACGUUGUGUGCGGGGUGAGGGGAGGAUUUCUAAGUGCACACGGUGUGCUCUGUUCUAUUCCGUCCCCCAUGUGGUGAGAAGGUGAACAGCACAGAGCGGAUUGGAGAUGUUGCCGGUAGGAGGGGAGACUCUGAUCAGAUACAUGGCUGCCCUGAGCUGUCGGGUUGCAGGCAGCAGUGGUCUCCUAUGCCGAGAUCUGGGAUUUCUGAAUGAGAGCAGUAAAAGAUGUUACCGGGCACAUCCUUCGCAUGGCAUCGGCAGAUACAGACACUUGCUGCCUCCUGAAGUUGAUAAAAAAAAAAGUAAACUGCGGAAGGAGAUAAAACAAGCCACAGACCAUGAAUACGGGACCCUGAACUUCCAGGUGACCGGGCACAACAUGCUCUACGUGGAAAGAUUUGUGCGGUAUAUCCAUAAAUUCUUUAACCAGAUGUCCGUCGCUGUGGAGGAGAGCUAUGCUCUGCAGACCAGGAGCACAGAGGUUCUGCUGCUGCAGGAUUCGGGAAGCAAGAUGUCCGUCGACUACGUUCUCUCCACCCACCAGAGAGUCGUCCAGGUAAGUGGCCUCAAAGCUACACUGGCCCCUAUUCUCCUGGAGGCCCUCAUGAUGAAUCAGCCAGAAGGAGUCCAGCUUCAGGUCAAGCAGCAUACAGAGGAAGAUUACCUGAAAAGAUUUAAAGUUCGGCCAGAUGUGGAAAAGAUGAAAGCUGCCAUUAACUGAGACCCUACUAAUGUAUAUGACUGGAGAAUCCUAGAAGCACCAAUGAACCUCUCUGGAUACACCAUUUCACAACCGAAGCAGAAUUUCCAUUGCUCAGAGAAAUUGGUCCACACUAAUACCCGUGUGUGCGACGCUAGGCACUGGUCAGAGCUGGUAAAGGAUGACAGUAAUUUCUUUUUAUACAGUACUUGUAAUAUUAAAAAAUUAAAGUGAAUAACUCGAAA